GUGCCACUUUCAGGUCUCCUCACACUGCUGGUGUGUUCCAUUUUUUGUCAUAGGGUGCUGGCAGAUUACGGGCCUCCUAUAGCUGCUGCCAGGCCCCUAAUCUGCCAUGGGCCCCUAUACCGCCUCCUCAUGCUGCUGCCAGGUCCAGAGUCUCUCAUGGGUCCCUGUACGGCCUCCCAUUGCUGCUGUCUCCAUCGCCACACUCUGCCAUGUGCCACUUUCAGGUCUCCUCACACUCCUGCUGGUUUCCAUUUUGUCAUAGGUUGCUGUAUGGCCUCCCAUUGCUGCUGCCUCCACCGCCACACUGUGGCUCCAAACACUGGUUUUGGCCCCGUGACUGGCCAAAUGAGUGAAGUGUGCGGUGAUUCUAAGAUCGACGGCACUCAUCUGCAUGUCAUACUGACUGACAGUAUUAUUUCUCUUCCCCAGUAGACUCCAAGGGCAUUUAAAUUAAAGGUACAGUGUUCUGCACUAAUAUUA